AGGGGUGUUCGUCGAGGUCCACACCCAAGCCGCGGCCGCCGUCCCCCACCAUGCGGCCCAACAUAACAUUCCAAACCUUCGCCUGCCCCCCCGCCUACGCCGACUGGUACUGCCUCAACGGCGCCACCUGCUUCACCGUCAAGAUUGAGGAGUCCAUUCUCUACAACUGCGAGUGUGCAGACGGUUACAUGGGCCAGCGGUGUGAAUUCAAGGACCUGGAUGGCUCUUACCUCCUACACACGCGGGAGAAGGUGCUGCUGGAGACGGCCUCGAUCGCAGGGGGCGCCACCGUGGCCUGCGUGCUGGUCUUCGUGGUUCUCUUCGCCGUGUACGUCUUUAUGCAGAAGGACAAGGACAAGCGCUGCAGGGACUUGGACAACGGAUGCGACAACGAUCACCAGCCGUUCUCAGGCUACAAACGCCCCCGCGCCGAAAUAAUACGAACAAUUAUCAACCCCUACGCCCAACCCCAUGAGGACUUAAGUUACGUGGAAGUGCAGCCCUCCAAGCCCACCAUCAGCCCAGGGGUAGUGAAGGAGGCUGGCAGUCCCCACAGUGUGCCCGGAAGUGACACCUGCAGCCCCAGCAGCAGCCCCUCGUAGUGACACAGCUGUCCCUCCUGUCUCGACCCUGCCCGCCCUGCCGCCCUCACACACCUGUUGCUUGUGAAUGUUAGUGAGUGACCCAGAGGACAUUACUUGAGCCUUUACUUGCUGCACAGAGUAGUGUGAACUUCUCUUGGUGCUUCUUGAGUACUCAUCCAACAGCCUAGAUGUCUCGUUCUGUUAGCGUAGGAGGGAGCAUCGGCAGCCCGUGUGUGGCCGGCGACUCUGGCCAACCAAAGCGUAGACACAAAGAAGUUUUAUGCCCUCCCCUGUGAGUGGGUGACAGGCCUUGAGGCGGGUGUGCACAGCCUGUCUGCUGCUGAUGGUGAAUGUGACACAUACUCAGUUAUCUCAAGAUGCCUACUGUGCUGUCUUUUAGAUUCAGAGUAAUAUAUAUAUAAUAUUUUAGUGUCUACCAUAUAUAUGAUCUGCCUUGUGUACAUAUGGAUAGCAGUGUUCUUCAAGGUGCCUGUCUGCACACAUGCCCUCCACGUAGGCGUAAGGGCCACUCUAGUUGUCGCAACACCCGCUGUCUGGUGUGCUGGGCGUGCCGGGCGUGCCGGGCGCUGGCGGUGGAGUAGGUAGCCGCGAGUAUACUUCUCUUGUGUCACAACCGUCCAGAUGGUACUUAUGUAAUUUAAUUUAUAUGUAGAAUACAAAGAUUAACAGCAUUCAUUUAUGUAGCCUUUUAUGCUUGUAUCUAAAGGUUUAGGUGCACAGUUUAUUUUCUUAUGUGUAUUUCUCAUUUUUCUUUCCAUGCUGUGCUUUGAUAUCGUAUCACUGUACAUUCCCAGCUUAACAGUUACCCUUAUGUAAGGAUCUGGCAGGCCUUUAGCCACCUAUUCCAGACGAUUCCAUUAGGUCCGUUCCAGUGCUGUGGACUCCAGUGGUGGUCAUCGUUGUCGCAACAUCUGCAGACUCACGCUGAACGAAGCUCUGAAGUUUGCUUUAGAAUCGGUAUGACGGUACACAGUGUUUCCAUGGCCAGAGUGACCAUUAUAUUAAGAGUUGACUGCACCUACCAUAGUCCCAAAUGCCAUUGUCAAGUUCUUCAGGAUCUUUUUAAUAGAAUACUUUCUCGGGCGAGUCUCGCCUCCUCUGUCCUUGGUUAGCCCAUCUGGGCCUCUCUUCGUGGUUGUUGUUGAUAGAGGAAGAAGCUCUAGAGCCAGAGCGUUAUUUAGACUCCCUGACGUGGGGCAGUGUAUGUGUGUUUUGUUAUUCAUCUGUGUUUGUGUUUUGCACUGCCAGCCAGCCAGCCAGCCAGCAUUAUUCAUCAUUACUUUGUAUUAUGGAUUUCCAGUUUUAGGGUAGGAAGACUGUACAUAGUGUAAAGAAGCCAAGCAGGAGUGGGUGAGGUUGCCAGAGUCGCCGCGUGAUGAAGAAGACCUUGACGUCACUCUGCGUUCCACUUGGUUACUGCAUUUAGCGCCUCGUUUCCCUGCGUGACUCUGUUAACCUUCCGGAGGAGCUAUACACUGCUUAGUUGUAACAUUUGUAUAUAAAACUAGCAAAUUAUUUGCUUAUUGCUGUUCAGCUUUUUGUGUAAGAUUCCUUGACUUUUUUGUAACUUUUGAUUAUUCCUGAUAGAGUAUUGAUUAUUGCAGAACAUUAUGUAAUGUAAGGCAAGACCUCCAAGUGAAUGAGUCACUCUGAGAAC